AUGCAGUGCUGUUCUAGGGACACUCGUCUAAUGGACGAGGAGAUCGACACCCAAGACGUGCAGGUCAGGACAAUCGGUACCGUUGCCGACCGUUCAAGGGCUCAGGAAAUCGGCCAGAACGUCGAGAGGCAAUGGGUCGCUGUCACCACCUACCAGCCCGUUGAUACCAUCACCAAGACUGUGGAGAUUCCAGUCGUCAAGACCGUUGAACGUGUUGUUCCUAAGCCUGUAAUCCAGGAGCGCGUAAUUCAAGUGCCCCGCGAGGUAACCCAGGUCGUUGAGAAGGUGGUCGAAAUCCCGGAUGUGAAGUUCGUCGAGAAGAUCAUUGAGGUUCCACAGGUCCAAUACCGCAACAAGCUCGUGCCGAAGGUGGAGGUCGUUGAGAAGAUCGUGGAGAAGCCGCAGAUCAUUGAGCAGUGGACUGAGCGCAAGGUCGAGGUUCCCCAGAUUAAGGAAGUUGUGCGUUACAAGGAGAUUGACGAGACUGAGGAGAUCAUCCGCUACUACCCGAAGGGACACGGCAACAUUGACUGGGACAAGGAGUGCGAAAAGGCUCACAUCAUGAUUCCCAACGAAGUCACGGAGUCCAAGGCCGCUCAAUAA